AUGGCGAGAGAUUUAGAUGAAGAUUUGGAGUUAGAGAUAUUGGUGAGGCUGCCACCAAAAUCAUUGAUGCGAUUCAAGUGCGUUCAACGAUCAUGGAAUGCACUUUUUAGAAAUCAUAGAUUCGUGAUGAGUCACAUGAAUAUGCUCAUGUCAAAAGAGCAUCUUAUGGUGUUUGAAUUUUAUGGCCACGCAUCACUAACAUGCGAUGACCCAUCACAACCACCUCUGUAUCUCAAUUGCUCUUCCCCCAACAAAAGCUUCAAUUUUCAUUGGUCAUGCGGUUCUUCUUGCAACGGUGUUUUUUGUCUUGGCGUGUUCGACGAACACGAUGAUUAUCGGUUAAUUUUGUGGAAUCCUAAUACAAGAGAGGUCAAUCUUAUUCCCUUUGAUUCUCAUUCUCAGACAUCUGAACGCUAUAGUGAAUUUUAUUGCUUCGGUUUUGAUCCCAACACAAAUGACUUCAAAGUUGUCAAACUCAUCCGAACAGGUCAUUAUCCUCCUAUUAUUUCAUGUGCGGUGGUUUAUAAUCUUAGUACAAAUUCAUGGACCUUUAUCCAUGAUUUGCAUCAUCCUAUUUUUUCAUGUAGGGGGUCUUGUUAUAGUGACAAUGUUCUUGUUAAUGGUGUUUAUCAUUGGUUGACUGGCGUUGAAGGUGGUUUUGGUUACAUCCUAUGCUUUGACUUCUGCAACUAUCAAUUAAGAUAA